UCCAUGAAAAUUUUGAUCUAGGAUGCCGUGAUUUGAGGUGUAACUUUUUGCAGUAAUCAUAGUAGUUUCUUACUAGAUCUCUCAACUCAAAUCUCAGAUGAAGUUGGUUUUAGCAGAACAUGACUAGAUUGAUUGAUUGUCAGAAACAAAGAAACAAACAAAGAUAGAUGGAGGCCUCCUUGCAUUAAACAACUUCUGUUAUAUAUGGAAUCCUAACUUUUUAUUUAAAACCUCCACAAAAGUCAAGAAAGAACAUAAGCCACAUCUACAGCAGAGCUAACAAGAGAAAGACCCCUUUCUAACAGACAUCAAGAUAGAAAAAUCCUAUUCCACCACCCUAUAGCAUAUAUAUAUAAAGACCUAUCCGAACUCAUUUGAAUUAUGAGCAUCUCAAUGUUGCCGAUAUUUUGAUGUUUUUACUGCUACUUGAUUUAUUAAAAUAUGAUCAUUAUUUUAACAUGACAAACUGCAUAAAAAACGUGUUAUUAUUCUAUUUUUUUGUAACUUAGACUUGCUAAACAAAGCAUGAUGCCACUAUUUAGAUCUCCAUGUCUAUAUAAAUGGUACCAUUUUUCCUACAUAUUUUCACAACUUUGUACACAUUUUACAUGGUAUUAGAACCCGCAGCAUCGCGCGGGCACCAUUGCAAGUUUUUACUAAAUUUGAUGAAAAUUCCUUGUACACAGUACGCAUUUCCACCGAUAUGCUAAAAUCCCUGCUCAGAGAGAUUACACACCCGUCUUCUUCACAUUUUUCCUCAGUUCUCAGUCCGAUAGAUUGAUCUUCUGGCGACCUUCCUUGCCCCUCUCUCUUCCUCCUUUUCUUCGUCUGCGGCACCCGCCAUUCUCAGACUCUCAAUGGCGGCCAUGAUCGGCUUCAACACCGUUGGAGCUCCGGUACGACUCUUCCGCCAAUUAUCUCACCCACGAAGCUCCUAUCCACUUCUCGGCGGGGUUCGACUGCAUCGCGUUGCCCUGACCCGAUUUUCGAGCUCCUCAUCCUCCUCUAGCUCUGCAGGAAUUAGGGCGCAGGUAGCGGCCGUUGAGCAAUCGAGCGCUGCUGUAUCUCAGAACGUGGAGGCUCCUGUGGUUAUCGUCACUGGAGCUUCUAGAGGAAUUGGCAAAGCUGUUGCGCUUGCUCUCGGCAAGUCUGGUUGUAAGGUACUGGUAAACUACGCAAGGUCAUCUAAGGAAGCUGAAUUAGUUUCCAAGGAGAUUGAGGCAUCUGGUGGUCAAGCUCUGACAUUCAGAGGUGAUGUUUCGAAGGAAGAAGAUGUAGCGGCAAUGAUUAAAACUGUGGUUGAUGCAUGGGGAACAAUUGAUGUGUUGGUUAAUAAUGCUGGAAUAACACGGGAUGGCUUGUUGAUGAGAAUGAAAACAUCCCAAUGGCAGGAGGUUAUUGAUUUGAAUCUUACUGGCGUGUUUCUGUGCACACAGGCUGCAGCGAAAAUUAUGAUGAAACAGAGAAAGGGAAGAAUAAUCAAUAUAGCAUCUGUUGUUGGUCUUGUUGGCAAUGUUGGACAAGCCAACUACAGUGCUGCAAAGGCCGGAGUAAUUGGCUUUACAAAGAGUGUCGCAAAGGAGUAUUCAAGCAGGAGCAUUAAUGUCAAUGCUGUAGCACCUGGUUUUAUUGCAUCUGAUAUGACUGCCAAGCUUGGAGAAGACAUAGAAAAGAAGAUCUUGGGAACCAUCCCCCUAGGACGAUAUGGUCAACCUGAAGAAGUCGCAGGACUGGUGGAAUUCUUAGCGCUCAAUCCUGCUGCCAGUUACAUUACUGGACAGGUAUUGACCAUUGAUGGAGGGAUGGUGAUGUGAGAGGCCAAGUCCCGCACCCCAACCAGCUUCAUCUUACAGAAGGUUUCAAAUGACGCUUCAUCUUACAGAAAGUUUCAAACGAAGAGAGGCUUUUCUUUAUAUUCCAUUCUUGACCGGCUUCUAGUUUCAAACUGAAUAGAAGAGUAGAAGGAUAAUAUAUAUAUUUUUUCCGUUUAGCAAAGGUUGUUAAAAUAUAUUCCCUGAGACUUGUGAACAGUGUAAGAGGAAAAAAGACUUGAUAGGAAUUGUUUUUGUGUAGCGGUUUCAGUCUCCAGAUGAUACUAAAGCGUUCUAAUGUACUAGCUGAUAUAUGGGUUGCAUAUGAAGUCUUUUAUUA